UUCCCCCUCCCGCCACCCCCUCGCCGAAAGCGCGCUCCCGCCCCUCCCUCCUUCCCUCCCUGCCUCCGCGGGCCGCGAGCGCUGGGGCUAAUUGGCUGCCGGGCGCGCGCGCAGCGCUGCCCGGGCGGGGGCGCGCGCGCGCGGAGGCGGCGGGGGUGGGGGCGCGCGCGCGGCAGCGGCUUCACUUCUCUUCGGGCAGCGGGGGCAGGAGCGGCGGCGCGGGGAGAAGCAGCAGCAGCGGCCGCCGCUGCCGCUGAGGAGUGAGGGAAGAGGCGGCGGAAUUAAAGAGAGAAGAAGAGAAAGAAGGAAAGAGAGAACGAGAGGGAGGGCGGGAGCGCGGGAGCGCUCAUGACUCAGUGACCGGCCGCAGCCCCUCGCCAGCCCCUCGCCCGGCCGGACGCGGGGCGCCCGCCUCGGAUCGUCCCGCAGCCUGAGCCCGGCGCCGACGCAGACCGCGCUCGCCCGCAGUGCAGCAUCUGCCAUGUCUACAGAGGGGCAGAGAGUUGAUGAUAGUCCAAGCACUAGUGGAGGCAGCUCUGAUGGAGAUCAACGUGAAGGUGUUCAGCAGGAACAAGAGAGGGAGCAAGUUCAACCCAAGAAAAAAGAGGGCAAAAUAUCAAGCAAAACAGCCGCUAAGCUGUCAACUAGUGCUAAAAGAAUUCAGAAAGAACUUGCAGAAAUUACAUUAGACCCUCCUCCAAACUGUAGUGCUGGACCCAAAGGAGACAACAUUUAUGAAUGGAGGUCAACUAUACUGGGGCCUCCAGGGUCUGUAUACGAAGGCGGAGUUUUCUUCCUUGACAUUACCUUUUCACCGGACUAUCCUUUUAAACCACCUAAGGUAACGUUUCGGACAAGAAUCUAUCACUGUAAUAUUAACAGCCAAGGUGUCAUCUGCCUGGACAUUUUAAAAGACAACUGGAGUCCAGCAUUAACCAUUUCUAAAGUUCUCCUCUCCAUCUGCUCCCUUCUCACAGACUGCAACCCGGAAAUGCUGUUUCCUGCCCCUCCCAUGAAAAGAAUUUGCUGCGACGGUCCCGGAGCUGGCUGCACACCUACGGAAACCAUGGGCCGCGACAGCAUGCAAGCUCGUGACAGCAGCACCACCACCCGCCCCCAGUCUCACCUUCAGGGACAGCUGUUGGCCGGGAGAAGCUAGAGCUAUUAUACUUGCUGGACUCCCCUAACUGCCAGUGAGGCAGGGGAAUGGGCAUGCAUUACAGUGUUUAUUAGCUGUCCCUAGAAAGAGAUCUGUGUCUGCGCCAGAGCAGGAAAUCCAAAGCAGCAAGGUAUUUCUGAUGUUUUGAGGCAACCUCAGCCCAACACUAGGUAGGUCCAGCCGACAUCUUGCCUGGUAGGUGCUCCUGCUAUAAUCAUGCCUGUGGGUCUUGGAGCAGUCAUGAAGCUGCUGAGGAAUGCCACCACUGCUCCUUUCUGCACCCUCUGCAUAACUAUCACACUGAAGUCUUCUCUAAGGCCUGCAGAAGGUGCUGGGCCAGCUGUGCUGCUAACAGUGGCACCUCCAUUCCCCAUUGCCUUCAGAAGCAGUCAGGGGAAUGGACAAACUUUGCAGCUACUUUGCAAGAAAUAAAGCCAAGCAAGUCAUGAAAGAGUUGCACCGGGCAGUGGGAGGAGAGAAGAAAAAGAAAACCACUCUUAGCUCCCCGUCUGCAAGCCGUCGCUGCACAAGAAUGCAGUGCAGAGCUGGUGUGAGGAAAGAGAUUAUUGUUUCAUGUGGUUGCCAGACAACCACCGAUAAAAUACAUGAUUGCAGCUGACCUUGUGAUACCAUAUUACUACUUAUAUUUUCUUUAAAAGUACAGGAAACUCUGUCACCUAACCCUAAUGAGACUGGUGGUGGAGAAUCAAGCUCACAGCACACACGGGAGAUACAAGGGCCAAUGACUAGAGUAUUACCUUUCAGCCACAGCUCUCCUCUUGUCUUCCUUUUCUGUCCAGCAUCCUCUGGAACAUACUAUCUAUGCUGUUUCACUGUAAAAUAUGCCCCUUCAUCAUCAUCCACACAGUUUCCUAAUCCCUCAGCCUGAACCAUUGGGCUUUACUUUGCCUCCUCUCUGGAGCUACAUAUAAUAUUUGCAAAACUCUUGUUGCCACACAGACUCUAGGGAGGUGUAUGAUACAGGAACUGGCCACCUUUUUGGUGUUUCCCUAUCAGUAUGCUUCAGGCCUAAUUAACUAUCCACAUUGCAUGAGGCUCCACAGAGUUCUUGUUUUAUUCAAUAUACUAAAUUACAUCAGUCUUUAUUUCCUAGUGUGGACUUUCCAUUUUUACCACUACAUUUUUGUCUCAAGCACAGAAUUAAAAUACCCCAGAUGCUAAUGGCUGUUUAUUGGGAAUGUAGUAAGUGGGGAAACAGACUCAGAAAUAAAAUUGUGAACAUUUAUAGAUAGGAGAGGGCAAAAGAUAUUGUCAGUUAUUCCAUGAGUACUGUAUAUAUGUCUUAUAAUAAUGUGUAUAAAGUUGUAUAAAGGUG